ACAUUUACAGGGGAAAGUUUUACAGUGUUCUUAUUCUGUUCCUGAUGAUCAUUUGGAUUAUGAUUCUACAUCCAAUUUAUCAAGGGUACAAAAACUUCAGUAAUGUUCUGUAUUUCUUGGGCUGCAUUCACUACUUCCAUUAUUUGUGUAGUCCUUUUUUUCAUAUGGCCCAUAUUGAUUGCUCUAUACAAGAAGGCUAUGAAGUCUGUACAAUUUACAACCAUGGAUUUCGCUGUAACCAAGCAUUUACGCUCAAAUGUCACAUUGACACUAGGCUGAGGACAAUAUGUAAAUGUUAGCGCAUUUAGAUCAAAAGGCUUGUUCAUUGCCCAAACAGCCUCUGCAUAUGAUACAUUAUUUGUUUGUACCUCUGCGCUUCCAUUUUUUAAAAACGUAUGCUGCACUAUGCUCACCAUCACAGUUGCAACAUUUAACUUCAGGAUUAUAUCCUCAUUUUCCAUACUCAUGAUCCCCCCCACACUUUGCACAUCUAAUUUUACCUUUGAACACAUUAGCAACAUGCCCCAUCCUUUGGCACUUAAAUCACAGAACUGGAGAUCGUACAUAUUCUGUUUAGCAUUCCUAGCUGUACUCUGGUUGGCAAUAUCUAUUCUAAGUUUAGCAGUACCGUUGUUGUGUCCACUCGACUGCCUCUCUUUUUGCUUUACAUCCUUUUUUGUUCCGUUACUUUCCCAACAUUCAAAGAAGUCAUAACUUCUUCCAUGGGUAUUGACAGUGGUGUCCCAGCCUCCUAAGUUUGGCCUUAGCACCAGGGAUAUGGCAUUUCACCCGACCCUCAUUAAGCGAUUCUAACUUCAAAUGUUCUCCUGCUGCAUUUUACCGUUUGCAUAAAUCAAUACUUUGCCAAAUCCCAAAACUUUGGAAACCUUAAACAUCCCUUUCUCUCGCUGAAUUUCUUUUGUCAACUGAAUAGGAUGACGGUGCUUUUGUUUGAUGGUUCAGGGAAAACAACCAUACUUUGUAGCUCUCUUCUACUGUACAUUCUCCUUUUCUAGAGUAGGCCUAUGUUUUAUAGCAGUCCUUUACUUUCAGCACCACUCAGUUCCCCAGCAGUAUUCAGCCCUCAUUACAAUACAUUUUUGUUUCUGUUCUUCCUACUUACAACAGAUGUAACAGGUUGAUCCUCACUGGAAUUCUCAUCAUUAUAACAAUCAAUUUCACUACCGUUAGCACCUGACAUGCUAACCACAGUCACAGUACAGUUGUGCUAGACCUCCAAACCAAAGAAAAGUUCUACUGUUUGUACCGUCUUCACAUCCAGCGAUAUCAAAAAAUUACUUGCUCUCAAAAAAGCCGUCACCGCACAAGUGGUACACAAACAAAGUAUGUGAUAUGAGCUGAUGGACAGGAUGUUGUACAGGUCAAUGGUCAGGUGUAAUGUGAACAGAGUGCCUCCACACUCCAGAUCAGACUGACUGUAAAAGUAGUUAAACGGUUAAUUCGCUCCACACUACAGGAUGCUAUUUUGAGAUGAGGCUUUGAGGCAUGCAUGCCCCCUUUCAUUUCUGUGUGCCAUUGGUCUUACCCAGUCAGCCUCAGUUGGUAAAAAAUAUGCCUCUUAACUUCCUAACCUCUAGGUUGUGUUUGCCAUAGAGGGUCAGGUAUGAGGAGGUGCUAUAGGCUUUCUCAGGGGAUGCAGGUCCAAAGGUGAAUUCAUAAGGAAGAAAAUUCUUCCUCCAGGCCUGUUUUCCAUUUUCUCUUUGACCUUCAGAUAAGUGUUUGACAUGAAACCGCUUUGAGGUCAUUUCUGGAUAUUAUUUCUGUCCAUUUAGGGGCAAUAGUUCUGUAUAUCUCCAGGGGCAAAAUGUCAGUAUAUUGUCUUCAAGAACAAAGAAGUGCAUCGCAUUGGUAUGUAGCUUUAUGUAAGUUCAACGGUGUAUGUAUUGAUGGCACACAAAAAAUGACCUUGCAUUGAAUGUGGCCUUGCUUGAUAAGUGUUGCUGUUAGAUCACUCAGGGUGACACAGACAAAAUGCUCUGAUUAUUAUGGCUCCCGUCUACAGUAGGUUCUCAAGUAAAGCCUCUGAUCUAAAGGAAGGUAGCCAUAAAAAAAGGAGAUGGUGAUUAAAGAUCAGUCCAUUGUAGAUCACUACAACAAGAUAAGGGUCUCCGUCUUUCCAUAUCUCUAGUCUUUGUGAGCGCAGACCUGCCUCUUCCCCUCCCUCUGCGACCAUGGAGGAAGUGAAGGGAGACUGGUGGCAGCCUUUGCUGAGUAGCCCUAAAGGACUACAUCUCUCCAAAGAAUUGUUGCAUGUGAAGCGAUUUCCUGUUGCUCCCUCACUGUCUGGAAGUAACCAUAUUCUCACAGGGUUUUGAAACACAAAAUCCAUAUUCAUUAUUUUGUUAGAUUUUUGUUUUGUUCUUUGGAGAUGGCACCUGUUACUUAAGAGGGUUCAUGGAGGGGGUGGAGUGGUAGGACAUGUUUUAUUUGGAGACAAAGUUGCAUAGUGAUCACAUUCUUGCUCUGUUGCUGCUACUGCUAACAGUUCAUUUUGAAUGAAAACAUAGUAUGCAGAGAGAUAUCCAAAGAAAUGUGUUCUAUGUUUAUGGCUGGCUCUUCUUCAUCACUGGUAAGUCUGCAACAUGAUUCAGUCCAGUUGUGAAAUAAAAAUAUGACCUCACAGGAACCUCAGUUCUUAUCUUUUGCCCAGAAGAAUUGAUCUGAUUGGUCAGACCAGUUUUGGGCAAAAUAUCAGAUUUGGGCUCCAUGUGAAAACGCAGCCUAAGAACCCUAUAUAAUUUAUAUUUUCCUCCCAGUACCCAAUUCCACACAGGAAUCUUUAAUUUAAAAAAAUUCUACUGAUCUUUCAAGUGAAAGAAAUUAUUUAAAAAAAUCCUAAUUAAUAAAAUUUUAAUGAACAAAGAUCUAUUGAUUGUGUAUGUCUUCACACCCCAGAGUUAAUACUUGGUGGAAGCACCUUUGGCAGCCGUUACAGCUGUGAAUCGUUUUGAAUAAGAUUCUACUCUUAGGGAAACAUACUGUAGAUCCAUUGUGUUUGUCAAAAUUGCUCAAGCUCAGUAAAUUUGGUUGGGAAUCAUUGAUGGACAGCAAUAUUCAAACCUUGUCUCUGAUUUUCAAGCAAAUGGACCAGUCAGGAACACUCAACACCUCUUGGAAAGCCAUUCUGGUGUGUCUUCGGCAUUACAAUUUGUGUAAUUCAAGUCUAAUUUGUCACAUGCACAAGUACAGUGUAAUUCUUAACAUGCAAGCCCCACCCAACAGUGCAGAAUUCAAAAUAGUAUAACUAAUACAUUAAAAAAAACAACAACACGAGAAAUAAGAGAGGAAGCAAUAUUCAUUGUUAGUGCCAGUACCAAAUGUACAAUAUGUAGUUAUACUGGAGUAUUUGAGGUAGAGAUGUACAUGUAGGCAGGGAUUUAGGAGAAAGUGAUUGGUAGCAUGAUAAAUAAUAAUAAUAUAUUUAACAGUAUGACAGCAGAAUAAGUGGUGGGUUUGUGUGUACAUGUGUGCUAGGGUUUUAGUUUAGAAGUGAUAGGUGGAUAUACAUGUAAACAGGGCUGAAAAGUAACUGGUAGCAGGAAUAUUUAAAUAUUUAUGGUAAUAUAUUAAUGGUAAUAUAUACAUGUAAAAAAUAAAGGCGAGACGCACACUCUAGGAGCUCAGAUACAAAAAUAUUUAUGUCCAACGUUUCGACAGACAAGCUGUCUUCAUCAGGGAAUAAUGACAGACACUGCGGAAUUACUCAUUUAUACAGUGUCAAAAGACACACAGCUGUCUGUAAUCAUGGCUGGGUAUGGCUUGAUAUCAUUGGUUAAUUCUCAUAUUAAAAUAGCAUACAAAAAACACAAAUGGAUAGCGUUCGAUAACAAUAGCAAAAUCACUAUGGCAAAAUCACAAAGUCAUUAUAUACAUGUAAUAGUGACCAGUAGCAGGAUGAAUAGUUAAAUACUAAUAGUAAUGGCAAUCAAUAAUCAAUGAACAGCAGCAUAGUGGUAGUAACAGCAACAUAAUAGUACAAAGUAGUACAAUGUAGUGUCCCGCUAGAAAAUACAACUCUAUCCCAGGGUUAGGUAUUCGGAAGACUGGGGCAGGGUUUCCUCUCACUUUUUACCUGGGCUUUGCUCCUUUGGUAUUUCUUUUGAUGCUUACAAACUCCCCAGUCCCUGAUGACAGCUUUGCACACGCUUGGCAUUCUCUCAACCAGCUUCAUGAGAUAGUCACCUGGAAUGCAUUUCAAUUAACAGGUGUGCCUUGUUAAAAGUUAAUUUGUGGAAUUUCUUUCCUUAAUGCAUUUUAGCCAAUCAGUGGUGUUUUCACAUGGUAGGGGGGUGGUAUACAGAAGAUAGCCCUAUUUGGUAAAAGACUAAGUCCAUAUUAUGGCAAGAACAGAUCAAAUAAGCAAAGAGAGAUGACAGUCUAUCAUUACUUUAAUACAUGAAGGUAAGUCAAUUCGGAAAAUGUCAAGAACUUUAAACGUUUCUUCAAGUGUAGGUGGAAAAACCAUCAGCCAUUAAAAUGAAACUGGCUCUCAUGAAGACCGCCACAGGAAAGGAACUCCCAGAGUUAAGUUAGAGUUAACUGCACCUCAGAUUGCAACCCAAAUAAAUAAUUCACAGAGUUCAAGUAACAGACACGUGUCAACAUCAACUGUUCAGAGGAGAUUGCGUAAAUCAGGCCUUCAUGGUCGAAUUGCUGCAAAGAAACCCCUACUAAAGGACUCCAAUAAUAAGAAGAGACUUGCUUAGGCCAAGAAACACAAUCAAUGGACAUUAGACCAGUGGAAAUCUGUCCUUUGGUCUGAUGAGUCCAAAUGUCAGAUUUUUGGUUCCAACCGCUGUGUCUUUAUGAGAUGCAGAGUAGGUGAACGGAUGAUCUCCGCAUGUGUGGUUCCCACCGUGAAGCAUGGAGGAGGAGGUGUGAUGGUGUGGAAGUGCUUUGCUGUUGACAGUCUCUGAUUCAUUUAGAAUUUAAGGCACACUUAACCAGCAUGGCUACCACAGCAUUCUGCAGCGAUACGCCAUCCCAUCUGGUUUGCGCUUAGUGGGACUGUCAUUUGUUUUUCAACAGGACAAUGACCCAAAUCACACCUCCAGGCGGUGUAUGGGUGCUUUGACCAAGAAGGAGAGUGACGAAGUGCUGCAUCAGAUGACCUGGCCUCCUCAAUCACCUGACCUCAACCCAAUUGAGAUGGUUUGGGAUGAGUUGGACCGCAGAGUGAAGGAAAAGCAGCCAACAAGGGCUCAGCAUAUGUGGGAACUCCUUCAAGACUGUUGGAAAAGCAUUCCUCGUGAAGCUGGCUGAGAGAAUGCCAAGAGUGUUCGAAGCUGUCAUCAAGGCAAAGGGUGAAGAAUCUCAAAUAUAAAAUAUAUUUUGAUUUGUUUAACACUUUUUUGGUUACUACAUUAUUCCAUAUGUGUUAUUUCAUAGUUUUUCUGUAUUCACUAUACAAUGUAGAAAAUAGUAAACAUAAAGAAAAAUCCUUGAAUGAGUAGGUGUGUCCAAACUUUUGACUGGUACUGUAUUUCACUCAUAUUGUAAUUAUUACAGAUCAUGUUUCAUACAACUCUGGAAACAAUUGACAGUUACUUUAACACAAGCUUCCUUCUUUUCACUUUGUCAUACAGGCCAGUCAUGUGGAGUGAAUGCAAAGUUGUUGAUCCUCUGUAUUUUCAAGUAUUGUGAUGGCAGCAUCAUGUUAUGGGUAUGCUUGUUACUGGAAGGGACUUGGGAGUUUGUCAGGAUCAAAAUAAAUAUGGAAGUGUCAAAGCCCAGAUGAAAAGUUAGAGGAAAGCCUGCCUCAGUCUUCUGAAUACCUAACCCUGGGAUAUAGUUAACAUUUUCAGCAGGACAAUUACACAAAUGUAAUACCAAAGGCACACCAGAAUGGCUUUCCAAUAGGUGUUGAGUGUUCCUGAAUGGUCCAGUCUCAGUCCUGACUUACAUUUGCUUGAAAAUCAUAGCCCAGAUUUGAAUAUUGCUGUCCAUCAAUGAUUCCCAACCAAAUUUACUGAGCUUGAGCAAUUUUGACAAACACAAUGGAUCUACAGUAUGUUGCCCUAAAAGUUUUUGCCCUAAGAGUAGACUCUUAUUCAGAAUCUGUCCAUCAAUCAUGCCUAACCAACCUUUUAUUUAUUUAAUUUUAAGCCAGAAAAAUGUGCAAGAUAAAUCACUUCUCUGUCUUGCAUUUUCAAGGUGUUAGUCAAUUAGCAGACGGUCUUAUCCAGAGAUUUUUACAGGAGCAAUUAGGGUUAAGUCACUUGCUCAAGGGCACAUCUACAGAUUUUUCAUAUAGUCGGCUUAAAACGUAUACUAAGUAGUUGGUGUCUAGUGUAGUUAAAUACUUAAAUUGCUAUGCCCAUGCCAUAUUAUUUUUAGCAAGACAUACGUGUCAAAUAGUCUUGCCUUAUCUGCAAGAACAACAAAAUAGUAAUGGGAAAACAUCCACACUACACAUGAAUAUGCUUUUUGUCCAUCUUUAGUAUGUUCUUAUGCCUGACCUUUUCUAUAGGGUUCAGUGAGACUCAGUGAGGGAUGAUCUCUAAAAUAUGUAUGUUGGUCAGCAUGGAUAAAGACAGUUUGAAGUUCUCUCUUCUCUGACACUAAGCGUAUUUUCAGUUCCAAUGUUAUCCGCAGGCUGAAUAAGAGGCCUCUUCAGGGGAUGAAACCAAUGAGCUCACGACCAUGGAUAAAUGUCAACACUUCCUCCGGGUGGACAAUUAAGAGCCUUGAGAAAUUAGUGUUGUUCAUAUGCAUGGCUUAACAUUUCAUCAAAAAUGAUUGCUUAUGGGUACCUUCAUGUGUGUGUCAAAUAUUACUGUUCUGAUAUUUUUUAUUAAUAGAUUUUAGAUGUGUAUGAAAAUGUUUUUUUUUGCAACACUAUAUAUCCAUUUCAUAGCUGGAAAGGGAUGUUUGCAUACAGUAUAUUUGUGUAUAUGUCUCACCUAGCUAUCUUAAGAUGAAUGCACUUAAGGUAAGUUGCUCUGGAUAAGAACAUCAGCUAAAUGACUAAAAUGUAAAUAUUUUAUAUACAGAUCUCAUUUUACUGAAUUGCAUUAUUAUUAUUAUUAUUUUUAAUAGUAAUGUCACAUGUAUCAUUUGUACUUUUCUUUAUGAAAAAUGUAGUUAUUUUUUUACAUUUGACUGUGUAAAUCCUAGCAGUACUUCUUAUUUCUCUGAGAGUGAGGUGGAUAUAUAUAGCAUUUUUUAUUUGAAAUUACCCUGAAAAAGGCACAGUGAUGCUGAAACAUUGGUGUUUUUUUAUCCAAUAAAUUACUGGGAGGUUAUACAUAUGGAGUGUGCAACUCUCUUUGUUUUUAUCUCUCUGAAAUGAAACCAUCAAGUGUUUUUUCACCAUAUGGCUCUGUAAGAUUGUAACGCUAGUGACACACUAGUUUGGAUAGCACACACUGACAAUUAGGCUUAUUUAAAAUAUAUUUAUUUAUGACCACAGAUUUUUUUUCCACAGAGAUUAAAUUACUCCAUUAAUUAGUUCUCCCUGUACAGUUCCCUGCUUCAAAUGUCCGUAGGGAGAAGAGUGUAUUUACAGACUUGUAUACAGCAUAUGACAUUUAUGGAGUAAUUUACAUCAACUUUAAACAUAAAAAGUACUUAUUGUGGGUCAACAGAGGGCACCACUUGGCGCGAUAAGGCCUUACUAAAGUAAGAAAGUAUUUUGGGUCAUUGUCCUUGUCAUGCCCUGUCCUCCUAAUAACUCCUCAGUCAGUACUUCAUUACACUCUCAGAAAAAAGGGUUCCAAAAUGGUUCUUCGGCUUUCCCCAUAAGAUAACCAUUUUUGGUUCCUGGUAGAACUCAUUUUGGUUUUAGGUAAAAACCCUUUUUGGUUCAAUAUAGAAACCUAUGUGGAAAGGGUACUUCAUUGAACCCAAAAGGGUUAUUCAAAAGGUUCUAUGGGGACAGCCGAAGAACCAUUUUAGGUUCUAGAUAGUACCUUUUUUUUUUUCUAAGAGUUUAUAAAGUGGGCUUGGAUGUCUGGUCUGGUGGGUUAGCAUUGUUGAUGCAGCUGAGGCAUAUAGUGCUGGUUUGAUGUGUUGGUUGGCAGGCAGGGGGUGGUGGACACAUGUUUGUGAAAGCUGCCCUUAGGUGACUGUCAAAGCUGGACCCAGAAAGUGGACGAGUGUCCCUGGUUCACCCACGGACAUCUGCUCAACGUUUAUUUACUCAACACUUCACUUUCUCCCACCCUCCCAAGAAAACCCUCAGCAUGGGGCGAGAGUAGGUUAGCUACUGAGGGUGAUGUUGUUUAUGAAUAGGUGUAGACCCAGUCACAUUGAGAAUUUUCAUUUGACCAAAAAAGUGUACAUUUUUUAUUUCUGUCCUUGAUAAACUAGGGCAUAGCUCAUCUGACAGUUUAUACAGUACAUAUUUAUGUUAAUUAUUCCUUCAUACAUUGAUGAAUUGUUAAUUAUAUAUUAUAUUAUUGCCUAUAAUAUUUAUAAGCCUAUAUUAUUUUAUGAAAUGAUAUGCCUAUUGUGUGUCAGCAAUGUUAGCUAAUUGUUUUACUCAAAUUUGAAGGGUGGUUGCACAUUGGCAUUUAGGCGAUGCAGUGUUUAGUAAAACCUCUCCACCUUAUGGACUACAGCUCCAGUAUCCAAUGGACUAACAGAAGCUGUUUGUGCCACUGAGAGAAACAGUAGGCCUACUUUCUCAAAAUUCUAAGCCUCCAAAAUUCUGUUUGUAAUAAAUUCUGGAGAUAAGCAAUGAAUCAAUAAAUAUAAAUAAACAAUGAUUUAUCAUGAUAUACAUUCACUAUUUGGCAAGCAACAACAUGAUCACACAUUUAGCAUAUACAUUACUGUCUAUUAAUCUUUCGUGGACAGACACACGUAACAUAAUUUAGUUCUUGGUUUCAGAGAUUAACUGUCUAAACUACUUGUAAACCCUUCUCAAGCCCCAUUAGUGAUCAUGUAAAGAAAACAUUUAAAAAAAUAAACUAACUUUAAAAUGUGAUAUGCAUAUGCAAUAAUAACAUGUAAUAGCUUAAUAAUAAUUAACAUGACGGACUUAUGAUAUAAUAAUAUUAAUACUUUAUUUUUCAUAAACAAUAAUAGCCUCUCGUUAUUACCAUUACUAGGCCAGUUAUUUUUUAUUUUAAAAUACAUCUAAAAUACUUUAAAUACAAUUAAAUACUCAGAAAAAGUACAGGCAAUUGAAAAAUGUAUUAUGAAAUAUUCGCUUUUACUGUAAAGCCUAGGCUGCAGCCUACAUCUCGAUUGGAGGCUGAACAUUGUAUGGCUUGAACAACUCCUCCCAUCCAGCUAUAAGAGCUCGGUGGGCCAGUACACUAUGGAGAGAUGCUCAAGACAUUGAACAAACACGUGGCCUGACGAAAACGAGACAUUUCUAAAUCAACAACUCCUUGAAACUAUAAUUAGGCCUACACAUUAGAGACAUAGGCCUCGUCUACAUUAGGUCACCAAAAUCCAUGCAUAAAACAGUCCCUCGUUUGGGGUUUCUCCUCUUUUUCUUGGGCCAUCGUUUUAGAGGCCCAGAACCAAAACAUUUCGAUGAUGACCUUUGCCAUGCUGCGGCCAAUGGCGACUCAUAUGAUCAGCUACCCAGACCUGGGUAUGAUGUCCGAGGCCGAGGAUAACCGCAGUGAGAGCGACCGUGGCUCGGAUCAGAGCUAUGGAUGCUGCGUCUCCGCUGACAAACGUCGGAGGAUUUCCAGAAAAUCGGGAGGCAGCGGUGUUGUAAUAGUGAAACAGCGGAACGCAGCCAAUGCCAGGGAGCGCGACCGUACACAAAGCGUCAACAUGGCAUUUACUGCACUCCGGACUCUUAUACCCACUGAGCCGGUGGACAGAAAGCUCUCCAAGAUUGAGACGCUUCACUUGGCAUCCAGCUAUAUCUCCCACCUCGCCAACACCCUGCUGCUCGGAGACGUGAAUGGAGAUGGACAACCUUGUCUUGGCGCAGUUUACGCGCAAGGAGAGAGCGGCCGAAAGCAGCCUCGCACCAUCUGUACCUUCUGUUUGAGCAACCAAAGAAAGCGGAUUAAUGAUGGCAAAGAAAUGCGGGGUAUUGGUUCACUGAGGAUGAGCCGCAGAUAGAACACCAGAUGAUAAACCACAGCAACCAGAACCACAACUCCCCAUCCACAACUCAGGGAACACUAAAAGCCGGUCAUAACAGAACCAUAUUCAUCAUCCUGGAGAAUAUGUUACCAGAGACUAUUUAUACUUGAGGGAAAGGCAAUGGAACAAAACAAGGCCUAAUAUGUGAAGCCUUUAAAAAAUGCAGUGCAUUUAUUGAUAGAGAAUUUAUAGAUUUUUAUAUCUGUGUGAUAUUUGUGUUGUACAUGUAUUACAUUUUGAAAUAAAAUAUAUUUUUUAUCUAAAUUAAAAUUCCCCUAUUAAGGGUUAGUUUUCUUUCCUUUGAA